CCGCGGCGCGGACGCCCAGGCAGCCACGGCGGCGGGGCCGUGGCGGGCGCCGGCUUGGCCCGCCCCCUCCUCCGCGCCCCGCCCCGCGCCUUCGCCGGCCCGGCCGCUGUCAGCGCCCUCAGCGGUGUAUGCUGAGCCUCUGCGCCCGCCGGCUGCUGCACGUCCUGGGCCUUCGCUUCCCGCUGCCGACCCGCCGGCCGGUCUUUCUCUGCCCUCACCGCCUCAUGAAGCCGCUGGUCGUGUUCGUCCUCGGCGGUCCUGGCGCCGGCAAGGGGACCCAGUGCGCCCGCAUCGUCGAGAAGUAUGGCUACACACACCUUUCUGCAGGAGAACUUCUUCGUGAUGAAAGGAAGAACCCAGAUUCACAGUAUGGUGAACUCAUUGAAAAGUAUAUUAAAGAUGGAAAGAUUGUGCCAGUUGAAAUAACCAUCAGUUUAUUAAAAAGGGAGAUGGAUCGGACAAUGGCUGCCAAUGCUCAGAAGAAUAAAUUCUUGAUUGAUGGAUUUCCGAGAAAUCAAGACAACCUUCAAGGUUGGAACAAGACCAUGGAUGGGAAGGCGGAUGUAUCUUUCGUCCUAUUUUUUGACUGUAAUAAUGAGAUCUGUAUUGAACGAUGUCUUGAGAGGGGAAAGAGUAGUGGUAGGAGUGAUGACAACAGAGAGAGCUUGGAAAAGAGAAUUCAAACCUAUCUUCAGUCAACAAAGCCAAUUAUUGACUUAUAUGAAGAAAUGGGGAAGGUCAAGAAAAUAGAUGCUUCUAAAUCUGUUGAUGAAGUUUUUGAUGAAGUUGUGAAGAUUUUUGACAAAGAAGGCUAACUCUAAGCCUGAAAGCAUCCUUGAAAUCAUGCUUGAAUAUUGCUUUGAUAGCUGCUAUUACAACCUCUUUUUAAGGCAAUUUUAAUCUUUCAUAAUUACAUCUCAAUUAAUGGCUGGAAAGUAUGUAUUAAGACAAAUUAAAUUUUUUAUCUUCAAUUUUCUUUUUUUUGGCCACCAGAGUAGACAGUAAAUUUGGGUCUAACUUCAUCUUAGCUAUGGUGCUCACAAAACAAAGAAGGGUAUUAGCGAGUUCUUUGUUUUAUCCAAAAAAAAUAUCCCUUUUAUAGUUUGUGACUUCUGUGAGCAAAACUUUUCAGUGUGUGUGUAAUUAGUAAUUACAACAUAUUAGGAUUAGGGAUUCCCCACUUCCUCUUCCUGCAGGUUUUAAAUUUCCAACCUGUUAUGUGAAUUUGUGGACCAAAUUCCAAAGAAACUCUUUGUGUAGUCAGUUCUUGCAUAAUGAGUUUGGUAAACAAACUCAUAAAAUGAAUUCCUAGAAGUGUUUUAGUAUUUAUAAAAUAACUGACCAUUUCUAUAGAAAGGUAAGAAAACAUAGGCUUUGUUUUACUACAACUUGUACGAAGUUGUGUGACAGGGCGUAGUCUUUGCUUCCAGGGAUUGGGAGAGGGGCACUGGGGGUUCAGAGCCUGGCAGAAUUGUCAGCUUUAUUCUGACAUAAAUUCUGAGGAUAAGGGGCAAGGAUCACAUCUAAUGACAUGUGUUCCUUGCUCUAUUAUAUAGUGUUAUUAAUGAUUAAACUGAUCUUAACAAAAUUCCUAGCAGUGGAAUUUUGAAAUGCAUGUACUUAAAUUUAUGGUAAAAUGAUUCAGUUAGUGUUUUAGUAACACUUCCAAGUUUUUUUGUUUGUUUUCUAGACUAAAUACAGGGUUAGUAUAAAGUAGAAGAAAUCUAAUGGUUAAAUUUCCCAUUUGUAUUUUAUUUUCUUGAAUACUUUUUUUCAUAGUUAUUUGUUUAAGAAGAUUUAAAAAUCAUUGCACUUUGGUCAGAAAAAUAAUAAAUAUAUCUUAUAAAUGUUUGAUUCC